AUGCCGGUGCCCACCUCACUGCCCACUUACAAUGUUAUGGGAGGCAGUGUUAAAAGCCUUACUCCUGUCAAGGAUUUUAAAGGGGUGCUUAUUGCUACUGUUUCUUUUGAGAUAAAGGAGUGCAAUCUGACAGAUCCUUUUAUUGUGCAAGACUGUCUGAACUGUUUUCUGCUGGAGUAUCUUUCAAUGGAAGAAUGCUGUGACAAGGGUAUUGAAUGGGCAAAUAAAAACAGAAUAUGUGCUUCUCUACCAUUGAUAUCCGAGUCCAAAGAAUGCAGCAUGACUCAGGUACAGUGCUGCCGCAGCGAGUUGGAGAAGCAAUACUGUUCAGAUGGGAUUGAAUUUGCCAAUGUGCGUGAGGAGUGUGACUCGCAUAUUGGUGAAAAUUCCACCUGUGAAGCCGGAUACUUCAAGGUAUGUUGUUACUGUUGUUUGCUGGGAAGGGCUGCCCAAGUUCAAGGACAGAGUUGUGAACCCAACCCGAAGAUAGGAUACCAGUGUGGAAUUGUCUUCAGAGCUUGCUGUGUGAAGGAUCAAGAAGGCAUUGAUGUGUCCAUCAGCGACGAUGUUCCUAAAAAGGAGCAAGUUGAAAUUUCAAAGGAGGAACUAGACCAAGAAGAUCCUUAUCUGCAUGAUGGCUGUAGAGGUGGUGGUCCCUGCUCUCAGCAGUGCAGAGACACAGGAUCCAGUUAUGUCUGCUCCUGCUUUGUUGGGUACCAGCUUCAACCAGAUGGUGUCAACUGUGAAGAUAUUAAUGAGUGUAUCACUGGGACACACAGCUGUGGGAUUGGACAAACCUGUGUCAAUACAUUAGGAUCCUUUCGUUGUCAGCGGGACACGAGCUGUGGAACUGGUUAUGAGCUAACGGAUGACAGUCGUUGCAAAGAUAUUGACGAAUGUGAGACUGGUACUCAUAACUGCCCCCCCGAUUUUAUCUGUCAGAAUACUCCAGGAUCUUUCCGUUGCCGACCCAAGCUACAGUGCAUGAAUGGGUUUAUACAAGAUGCGCUAGGCAACUGUAUUGAUAUCAACGAAUGCCUGAGCACUAACAUGCCAUGCCCAGCUGGACAGAUAUGUAUUAACACUGAUGGCUCAUAUACCUGCCAGCGAAUCUCACCCAGCUGUGGCCGAGGUUAUCAUCUCAAUGAAGAUGGAACAAGAUGCGUAGAUGUGGAUGAGUGCUCAUCCUCUAACCAGCCUUGUGGAGAAGGACAUGUUUGUAUAAAUGCCCCAGGCAAUUACCGUUGUGAGUGCAAAUCUGGCUAUUCUUUUGAUGUCAUCAGCAGAACUUGUAUUGAUAUCAAUGAAUGUAGACGCUAUCCAGGCCGCCUUUGCGCUCACAAGUGUGAGAAUACUCCUGGUUCCUAUUACUGCACUUGUACCAUGGGAUUCAAACUUUCAACUGAUGGCAGGUCAUGUGAAGAUUUAAAUGAGUGUGAGAGCAGCCCCUGUAGUCAAGAGUGUGCCAAUGUGUAUGGCUCCUAUCAGUGUUACUGUCGCCGUGGCUUUCAACUUAGUGACGUAGAUGGGAUUUCAUGUGAAGAUAUUGAUGAAUGUGCUUUACCUACUGGAGGGCAUAUCUGUUCCUUUCGCUGUAUUAAUAUUCCCGGAAGCUUUCAAUGUACUUGUCCCUCCACUGGUUACAGGUUGGCACCCAAUGCACGCAGCUGCCAAGAUAUUGAUGAGUGUGUUGCAGAAAGCCACAACUGCUCUUUCAAUGAGACCUGCUUUAAUAUCCAGGGGGGCUUUCGCUGUCUGUCUUUGGAAUGCCCAGAAAAUUACCGCAAGUCAGGAGAUACUGUCAGACUUGAAAAGACAGAUACUAUCCGUUGCAUUAAGUCUUGUCGACCAAAUGAUGUCAACUGCGUGUUGGAUCCAGUCCACACCAUUUCCCACACUGUCAUUUCACUGCCCACGUUCAGAGAAUUUACAAGACCUGAAGAGAUUAUUUUCCUCCGUGCCAUCACACCUACAUAUCCAGCCAACCAGGCAGAUAUCAUAUUUGACAUAACAGAAGGAAAUUUAAGAGAUUCCUUUGAUAUCAUCAAGCGUUACAUGGACGGUAUGACAGUGGGUGUAGUUCGCCAGGUGAGGCCCAUUGUUGGACCUUUCCAUGCCAUCCUGAAACUGGAGAUGAACUACGUCAUGGGUGGAGUGGUAUCUCAUCGUAACAUCGUCAAUGUCCACAUCUUUGUCUCUGAGUACUGGUUCUGAGAGGGUGUUUAAAAUCCCAGACAAACAAGCCGCUCCAACCUAAAUCAUUACCACAAACUAUUAUGUUAUAUACUUGUUUGUAAAACCCAAUAGUGGGUUUUUUUUGUUUUAUUUUUAAAUAUUUGGUUUAUAGUUUAAGACAAAUAACAAAUUAUUAUGUUGAUUAGACAUAGAGUGGAGCAAAUUAAGUGAGCCUGAUGUAGUGGUCUGUAUAAAUAAGUAGUGUGUAAAAGUGCUCAGCUGCCUAGUGAAAUUUAAAACUUUUUUAAAUGUUUAGGCAGAUCUUAACUACUGCUCCUUGGCCAGAUAACCAGAGUGACUGAGGAUGUGGAACAAAAUAGAUGUCAGACUUCAUUGGGAUGAAUGUAUAGUAUCUUUGGAUGGCAGAAGUUUGGUAAGGAUUAGUAAUUUCACCUCAAUAUUAACUACAUUGAAGGAGUCAGAUUGUCAGAAAGUGCUAAAUACUCACUUUUGGGCCCCAGUGGGAUAACUCUGAACAGGCACCCAGAAUUGCUAAUCAUUUCUGAAAAGUUUAGCCUAGAUAUUUAAAAAGCACCAUUCAGCUAUAGCUACAAGAGGAUGUGCAAAAGGAAUUAGAAAUAGUAAGAGACUAACAAGCUAUUGCACAUAGUAAAAAAAUGCUCCUUUUUUGUACUUAUUAUUUGAUUGUAAGAUUAUGUUUGAUUCUAAUUAAACAAUUACCUCUUAUUGAACUUAACCUGUUACAAGGAUAAGGCAUAUUGCUUAAAUUCCAAUCUCAUCUGUACCCAUCAACACAUGGGAAACUCAGACCUGUAUCUCCCGUCUAUUAUAGAGUAAAGCUCCAUACCUUCAUAAAAUUGGUAAUAAAAUUAGCAUGUUGAACUGUACACUUCCUAUGCACCAAACCAAGGCAUAUGUAAUAAUAUGAAACUCUCACAAAUAAAUGAAUGUUUAAUGUAUUUUCUGGGCAUCAAAGUAACAUAUCUUUUUUUAUUAUACAACAGAAAAUAAAUAGCUCCGUGUUUCAGUUUGUUAUGUUUGUUAA